UUUCCCUGGUCGCCGUCGCUGUUCCGGGGCGCGGAGUGCGAGUGGCCUGAACCCUUCGACUAAUAGCUGCAGGAUUCUCCCCGGACAGGGACUGGCAGCCUUGAGGAAGCGCCCUCUCCCUUGGCACUGCUUCUUGGACCCACCAUGAGACGCCUGGGCUCCGUGCAGCGGAAAAUGCCGUGUGUAUUUGUGACGGAGGUGAAAGACGAACCUUCCGCCAAAAGGGAGCAUCAGCCAUUUACAGUUUUGGCAACUGAAACUAUAAGUCACAAGGCAUUAGAUGCAGACAUACACAGUGCAAUUCCAACAGAAAAAGUGGAUGGAACAUGUUGUUAUGUUACUACCUACAAAGAUCAGCCAUACCUUUGGGCUCGACUAGAUAGAAAACCCAACAAACAAGCUGACAAAAGAUUCAAAAAUUUUCUGCGUUCCCAAGAAAACUCAAAAGAAUUUCUUUGGAAUGUUGAGGAAGAUUUCAAACCUGUUCCUGAGUGUUGGAUACCAGCAAAGGAAAUAGAACACUUGAAGGGAAAUCCAGUGCCUGAUGAAAAUGGACACAUUCCUGGUUGGGUACCAGUAGAAAAAAGCAACAAACAAUACUGUUGGCAUUCCUCUGUAGUUAAUUACGAAUUUGAAAUUGCCCUGGUACUAAAGCAUCAUCCUGAUGAUCCUGGACUAUUGGAAAUUAGUGCAGUGCCAUUAUCAGAUCUCUUAGAACAAACAUUGGAACUUAUAGGAACAAAUAUUAAUGGAAACCCUUAUGGUUUAGGGAACAAGAAACAUCCAAUACAUCUUCUCAUACCACAUGGAGCAUUUCAAAUAAGAAAUCUGCCUAAAUUGAAGCACAAUGACCUGUUGUCCUGGUUCGAAGGCUGUAGAGAGGGUAAAAUUGAAGGAAUCGUAUGGCAUUGCAGUGAUGGCUGCUUGAUUAAGGUCCAUCGUCAUCAUCUUGGUUUAUCCUGGCCAAUUCCAGAUACUUACAUGAAUUCAAAGCCUGUUAUUAUUAACAUGAACCUGAACAAAUAUGGCUAUGCCUUUGAUACAAAGUGUUUGUUUAAUCAUUUUUCAAAAAUAGAUAACCAGAAAUUUGGUAGGCUCAAAGACAUAAUACUUGAUGUGUAAAAUGAAAAACCAAUUAAAAUUAGCUUUAUUGUUAUAGUCAGUUCUUGAAUAUUCUGUCAUGCUAAAAAGAUAAAACUAUUUCAAGAUUCCUAUUGUCUGUUGUGAAAUGUAUCAAAAUAUCUUCUAGCAUUUGAAGAAACGAAUUUUCCAGCUGCAAUACCUGUUUAAAAACUUUAGAAUCAGUACAUUAAUUUUAGAUAUAAAAAGGUAAUGAAUGAUAAGCUCCCAAGCUUUUACAAAGGUUGUAUUUUGUCCAUGCUAAAUGGAUGAAAAAGACAACAACUGAACCAACAAUUUUAUUUAAUUUACUUUCAGAGUUAAGUAAGUUAAGCUCAAUUUAUGUUUGCUAGACAUUUAGUAAAGUGUAUGGCUUAACUGCAUUACUUAAUGUGUACUUAUGUAUGAAUAUAUGUAAUAGAUACAUAGGUUUAGGAUUUGAGUCUUUUAAUGCAUUAAGGUUAUAUAUAUAUAUAUAUAUAUAUAUAUAUAUAUAUAUAUAUAAAUUUGUAAUUUUAAAUGUUAAAAUUAUUUACCUUUUUAAUGUUUUAAGAAAACCGAAGAAAUUAUGAAUGUAGAGAAAUUCACCCUUACUCAUUGCCCAUUUUAUGGUCAUAACUUAUUCUCAGAAAAGUCCACAAAAAUAUAUUUUUCUAGUAAUUUAAAAAUUCCAUAUAGUUUUAUUUACUAAAACUCCAAGUAAAAAUAUAAAGUAUUAAGGAAGAAAUUCUUUAGUUUAGACUUGCUUGAUUUCCAGGAGAAAUUUUAACAUAGAAAAUAAAUAAAUAGCUAAACAAAAUUAUAAUUACAUGUGGCCCUUAAUAAAUGGGGAAAUUAACAGGACUUUCCUCUUCAUCUUCAGACUGUUCAGAAACAGCAACCGAGCUGGUCAGUUCAACUCCGACCUGGUCAGAAAGUUUUCUCAACUUUUCUUCCAGAAGAAUGUUUUUCUUCACUUCUUCCUUGUAAUUAUACUUCAGGUCUUCAAUUUCUUCAAAAAAUGAAGGAUCAAAGUUUUGCAGUUCUUUCUUCAGCUUUUUUACUUCCUCCUAAUAGAAACAAGGGUCUUUAACAGUUACAUAUAAGAGCACAUGUUUAAGGUUUGAACUAAAGAAGUUUAAUUACAAAUAUGAAAGCCACAGUAACCUAGUCAAGUACAUUCAUAAAGGUGAAAUCUUCCUAACAUUUGUUGAUAAGGUUUUAUUGGUGUAGUACAAGUAACUUGUUAACUGCCAAGUCAAACUGUCUUUCUGUAAAUUAUAUUCUAACCUUUGGUUAAAAUUUACUAUUAGAUUCUGAAAUCUUUCUCUAAAAGUACUUUUAAAGAGUACUCAGAAAGUAUUUUAUUAUUCACAUUUUAGUUAUUCUCGUUAGGAUUUUUUGUUUAGGCUUCAUUUAUAUUUUAUUUAUAUCCACAUUAAUGAAUAAUGCGCAACUUUUUAUAAUUGUAUUCAUGAUCAGGGAAAACCUGCUACAUCUGCCUGGUUAGAUUAAACAUCAGGUGAAGACAGAAUUUGAGCUUUAAUUAGAUUUAGAAUAUCCAGCAAUUAGUCACAGCUAAUUCUCAUGUCAAAACCCUUUGUUCAAAGUAUUAAAAAAGGUAAAGCAUGGAAAACAUUUUUAAGGAACCUAUCACCUAAGGAAAAGAUUCCUAAAUAGAACUUGAAAAGGUACUUAAAGACAUUGUUUCGUGUGACCUAAAAUUUAAAUUAAGAAAAUAUUACCUAAAAAAUGUACAGUUAUAUUUGUUACAGUUAAAAAAUAAAUUUAUUUUCUAA